AUGGAGGUUGACGCUAAGCAGCUUCAUAGUGCUCUUAGCGGCCGCUACACGGACUUCAGCCGAGGCUGGCACGAAGCUGUCCCAUGGCCGGAGCUCCUCGACUCGCGCCCCUCUUUCUGCUGCCUAGGCCGGCCGUCCGUGGCUCUCAUUACAGGUAUGCUCCGCCGGUGCUUCAAUUACAAAGACUUGGUGCUCACUGGUAGCCUGGGGGGAAAGUCUCACCUUUUAGCCAUGGCCGUCUGUGAGCACUACCAAAGCGGCCUCCAGGAGACCCAUCGCAUCGUCGCGCUCUUAUUCCACGACGAGGUGCCCACCAGCCCGUCCGCCGCUCUGGAGCUUGUGAUUCGGGCCCUGCUGCUAGCCUAUGCGGACGACGAGGGCAGGAUGCGGGUGAUUCUCGAUCUUCGCAGCUGGCAGCAUGUGGGAUCGUUUUUGAUGUUUAACCGCCCGGUCCUCGUGGUUGACCGGUGGGAGGAAAUAGAGCUUGGCAAUGGCGAAGUCCACCGCCGCAUGGUGGAGCUGCUAAGGAUGACAACCUUUCUCAAGUGCGUGAACUGUUCCAGCUCGCAGGCGCGGCACAUGUUUAACGAUCCAACCGAGUUCUACAACGUUUUCAGUCCCGACGAGACACUCCAGUACCUUGGGAAGUGGCUGGACAUCAAGAGAAUUGAUGAAGAGCUGCUUCGACGGGUGAUGUGCGUCACAGGUGGCCUCCCGCUCUUCGUGUGGUACUUUGUGGAAUCCAUCAUGCAAGCCAACAACAAAGGAUCCUCAUCGUCAUCGUCAUCUGGCUCACAAUUGUUGGACUGGCGAGCAGCAGUGCGUGGGUUCAUGCAAAAAGAAUGGGUGGCGAAGAUGCGGACGACGAUUGCCAGCUGCGAGGACACUAGCCGGUUCGCGCGGUUCGUGAGCUUUGGACUGCAGGCAAACACGGGGCACUGCUCCGAUAUCGACAUCCGUUUCCUCGUUCGGGAUUCCAAGUGGGUGCUUCACCCCGUCUCGGACUACGCCAGGGACAUUUACUGGACGUGCCUGCAACGAAGGAAGCUGCUGCAUAAGUGUGAACCUGUGUUAUGCAAUGCUGUGUAUGAUUCACUGAGGGACGUGCAUGGGAAUACAGACCGGUUCGAGUGGCUGCUCAAAAAGCUAAUCAUCGGGGCAUUCGAAGAUACGCCUAUCUUUCCUCAGCGCUUGACGCGCUCGAGACAGUAUCAGCCGCUGGAGCUCUUUUGCGACAAGAUCGACGGCAGAGUGUCGGGGGUAAAGGCGUACGCUCCAGAAGCAGACACCAGUCUACCGUUAGUAGACUUUGUGGUGAAAAAAGGCAGCUCUCGGGAACCCGGGGAAGAAAUAACACUGGGAAGGAUAUCGGCUGGUUCAUAUGCUUACGGAAGUGAUGAUCUUGUUCAUAGGUUGCCCGGUGACAACAUUUGGACGCCAGCAGCAGCAAAGGCAUGCAAGUGGAAAUUUGUGUGGAUUCUGCUGCCAUGGCAGAUCCAGGGGUUUACGCCGCGGACGCACUCCUUCCUCGGGGGUGCGAUGGAGGAGAUUGCGGUGGGCUUGGACGACGUUGCAAAGCACUUGAGAGGGACUUCGCAUGAUCCUGUGUCUAACGUAAUCGACGACUAUAUCGCUGCGAUGCGAAGACUGAUUUUCUAGCUUUAACAAGUAUACUGCACAUCAUAUUCAAUGUAAAAUUUGGCAGCAUAUGUUUAUCAUGGAUUUUGCAUUCUUGAUAUGAUAAGUAAUUAUUUGUGUUGUGAUCGUGCUGUAUAGCAAAAGUGAACAUCUUGGCAUUUACAUUGUUAGUCCAAGAGAUAUCCUCCACCUUUCAAGAUCAAACCAAGAGACUAUCUGGACGUAAGCAUUAUUUUUUUUAUAUGGCAUUGUGAAGUUAUCAAAGCUAUUCCAAACAAGGACAAUUCACAGUGCUGCCCUUGCAGCUCGACUUUUUCACAUCUGGUCUGUCUUCGACUACGUAGUUGAUCGAUACCUCCUCUAUCACUUCUUGUCAAAAUCUGGCUUUGGUACCUUGGCAUCCAAAGCUUUGUUAUUUAUCUGGUUGACAGUUAAAUCAAGUCGAAUACACAGACAGAAACUAGCAAAAAAUGGAUGCCUAUCUACAG